AUGGCAAUGAUUCCACAUCCAGUCGUGGCCGUUGCCGGAGCCACUGGCCAUUUGGGUCGGCGUGUUGCAUCCGCUUUUCUUUCCUCGCUGUUUCAUGGCCAGUUUUCCGAGGUCAUCCUCUUAUCACGGCAAGACUCUUCUCUAUCCUCAAUUCCAGAUAUGGCAAGCAAGUAUACCAUCCGCAAGUACGAUGAGAACAACCUUGUGGAUGCUCUACGAGGCGUCCAAAUUCUUGUCAAUACGGUCGGCCCAUCGGGACAUUCGUUCAAAGAGAAGCUCGUUCAGGCACUUCCGCAUACAGACGUGCAAGUCUACUUCCCUUCUGAAUUUGGCGUCGACCACUACUGCCAUGACUUCCCGCACUUGGAAUGGGACCAGAAAAAGAAGCAUCUAGCUCUAGCUCAACAACUGGUUCCAAACAUGAAGAUCUGUCGGGUGUUCUGUGGCCUCUUCUUAGAAGACAGCAUAGGGCCGUGGUUUGGGUUCGACACCAAGAACGGAAAAUAUGAAAGCGUGGGAAGCCGUUACUCCCCGAUAUCUUUCACCUCGCUUGAUGAUGUGGGGAAAACGGUUGCUUCCUUGGCCGCUCUUCCCCAAGAGAAGAUUCCAGAUACCAUUCAUGUGGCCGGUGACACUGGAUCUUUUGCCGAGAUCGCCAAUAUCAUGCAACAGGCUGGAGCUGGGCCUAUCCAGGUGACGGAAAUCCCCCUUCAGACUUACAAGAAGGAAGUUACGGCCACAUCCUCGUGGGAUCCCGCCCAGUAUCUAAGAUUUUUGAUGGGCGAGGGCAAGAUCAAUCAUACUGCGGACGGGAUGGGCAACGAUAAUGAGUUCUUGAAUCCCGAUCAGCUGUGGAAAUGGACCAGCCUGGUUGAUUUGGCUUCCAAAUCUGGUGGUCAGCCUUGGAAAGACUACUCCUGGCCCCCAGAACAAUAG